GCGGGUAGUCUCAGGAGCAGCAGCAGCGUCGGGGGUUGCCGGAGCCGGAACCACACCCACGUCACUGCCCCUGUCCUCUUUUGCCCUCUCGUCGUCCGGUCGGAGACCGCAUUCUCAGAGAGCGGCUUGCCCACGCCCGGAGCAUCCUCCCUUGUUGAGCGAGCGCUGACGGACCCGGCGGCAUGAUGCGGCUGCGAGGCUCGGCGAUGCUGCGGAACCUGCUCCUGCGGCCGCCUGCCGCUACCUGCGCGGUUCUGAGGCGGGCGCAGCCCCUCGCCACCCUGUGCCGGCGCUCCUGGGGCGGGGGACGAACGGGCCCCGCGGCCGCCGCGCGGCUCCACCCGUGGUGGGGCGGGGGCGGCCGGCCAGCGGGGCCCCUCGCGAGGGGCCUGUCCAGCUCCCCCUCGGAGAUCCUGCAGGAGCUGGGCAAAGGGGGCACGCAGCAGCAGCAGCAGCAGCCCGGGGCGUCGCCGCCCGCGGCCCCGCCGGCGCCCAGCCCCAAGGACAGCCCGGGGGAAACGGACGGGUUCGGCAACAGCGAGGGCAAGGAGCUGGUGGCUUCCGGCGAAAAUAAAAUAAAACAGGGUCUGUUACCUAGCUUGGAAGAUUUGCUGUUCUAUACAAUUGCCGAAGGACAAGAGAAAAUACCUGUUCAUAAAUUUAUUACAGCACUCAAAUCUACAGGAUUGCGAACGUCUGAUCCCAGGUUGAAAGAGUGUAUGGAUAUGUUAAGAUUAACUCUUCAAACAACAUCAGAUGGUGUCAUGCUAGACAAAGAUCUUUUUAAAAAAUGUGUUCAAAGCAACAUUGUUUUGCUGACACAAGCCUUUAGAAGAAAGUUUGUCAUUCCUGACUUUAUGUCUUUUACAUCACAUAUCGAUGAGUUAUAUGAAAGUGCUAAAAAGCAGUCUGGAGGAAAGGUUGCAGAUUAUAUUCCUCAACUAGCCAAGUUCAGUCCUGAUUUGUGGGGUGUGUCUGUUUGUACAGUAGAUGGACAGAGGCAUUCUAUUGGAGAUACCAAAGUUCCAUUUUGUCUUCAGUCCUGUGUAAAACCUUUGAAAUAUGCCAUUGCUGUUAAUGACCUUGGAACAGAGUAUGUGCAUCGAUAUGUUGGGAAAGAGCCAAGUGGAUUAAGAUUCAACAAACUUUUUUUAAAUGAAGAUGAUAAACCACACAAUCCUAUGGUAAAUGCUGGAGCAAUUGUUGUAACUUCAUUAAUAAAGCAAGGAGUGAAUAAUGCUGAAAAAUUUGACUAUGUAAUGCAGUUUUUGAAUAAGAUGGCUGGUAAUGAAUAUGUUGGAUUCAGUAAUGCAACGUUUCAGUCUGAAAGAGAAAGUGGAGAUCGAAAUUUUGCAAUAGGAUAUUACUUAAAAGAAAAAAAGUGUUUUCCAGAAGGCACAGACAUGGUUGGUAUAUUAGACUUCUAUUUCCAGCUAUGCUCCAUUGAAGUAACUUGUGAAUCAGCUAGUGUGAUGGCAGCAACACUGGCUAAUGGUGGCUUCUGCCCAAUUACUGGUGAAAGAGUACUGAGCCCUGAAGCAGUUCGAAAUACACUCAGUUUGAUGCAUUCAUGUGGCAUGUAUGAUUUCUCAGGGCAGUUUGCUUUCCAUGUUGGUCUUCCUGCAAAAUCUGGAGUUGCUGGAGGCAUUCUUUUAGUUGUCCCCAAUGUCAUGGGCAUGAUGUGCUGGUCUCCUCCUCUGGACAAGAUGGGCAACAGUGUUAAGGGAAUUCACUUCUGUCAUGAUCUUGUUUCUCUGUGUAAUUUCCAUAACUAUGAUAAUUUGAGACACUUUGCAAAAAAACUUGAUCCUCGAAGAGAAGGUGGUGAUCAAAGGCAUUCCUUUGGACCAUUGGACUAUGAAAGUCUCCAACAAGAACUUGCUUUAAAAGAGACAGUAUGGAAAAAAGUGUCACCUGAGUCAAAUGAGGACAUCUCUACAACUGUAGUAUAUAGAAUGGAAAGUCUGGGAGAGAAAAGCUAAAGAAAUGGGUUCUAGUUUCAGAAUGUUCUUCAUUUAACCUUUCAAACAUCUUUAGUCUUUUUUGCAUACUAUAUUUAUUUGAGUUUUUUGUGUUCUCAAACCUGGGUGCUGGAACCAUAUAAAGCUUCUUUUAUUUUUUAACCUUUGUGUAAAGUUAAUAGAUUAAAAGGUGGAUUUGUCAGUCUUUUAAAAAGUAUUUAUGACAAAGCAAAUUUGCUUUAUUUUUUAAAAACGAAAGGAAAGAUUUCUUUAAAAUUUUUCUUGGUAUAAUUAAAAUUUUAACUAUAUAUGUAUUCAGGUAAUCUAUUUUAAAAUAUUAACAGAAAAUUAUAAUUGGUUCUGAAACCCACACUUAGAACUCAUAAAUUUCAUUACGUUUUUUCUUUCCCAGUUUUAAAACUGAGGUGAUGUCUCCAGUAACAGUAAAAGGUAUUUCUAUGCUAAAUACAAAACUAAAAAGGCAGAAUAAUGAAUUCCAAAUUAUUUAAUAUAGCAGUAGUUUAUAAAAUUAGCUUAAGUUAACAUUUUAUGCCAUUUGUAGUGAUAGAUUGGCUUAAAUUUUUUUGGCUUUAAAUUUUAAGGAAUUCAUUUAAAAUUUUAUCAGAUACUUUUAAGUCCUGUCUUUGCUUUUUCACUUUGCAACUUAUUUGUUCUGUCAGAAUUGUCACAUAUAGGACUGUCUUAUGUUAUUAAAACAUUCCAGCCAAAGAAUUUCAGCUGUAAGAUAAUGACAUGUUUCAUUGUUAAAAAAGCUAUAAUGGUUACUCAGAAGGAGCAGCAACAGUGAGUGUCUUCAAGUGAAAUGUUUACCUGAACAAUUUUAUUUUCAUAAUAUCCACAUAACUUUUACUGUGUUAUAUUUAAGUAUGAAUGGUGAAUGUUGGUUUUUAGCUUUUAAUAAUUAUCAUAAUUUACAAAUGCUAAUGAAUCUAUUAUAAAUUAUAACAUCUGAUAAAGUUUGUUCUAUUUGAACUCUUAGAGUAGGAAAUGAAUUCAGUGUGAAGGUAGUAAGUAUACUGCUAAAGUACCUGUUAAAUCUGAAUUCUUUUGUUCGGUUAUAAAAAUGCAAUAUUGAGAAUCAAAACUUGUUUUGAAGAGAAGAACUAUAGGUUCUACACAACUAAUUUCAAAUAAUUCAGUGUUUAAAGUCUGGCUUGGCAAAGUGAUGAUAAAAUUCUGUAGGACUAUUCACACUUCUUUCUUCCUCCGUAUAUACCUCUCUGUUUCUCCCCAUAGUUCCCCACAGCUUCAAGAUUUUGGAGGGGCAACAAUAGGGUCAAAAGGAGAACUUCAUAGGUUUUUAGUGUUGUGGCAUACAUGUGAUAAGGUCUAUAAAAGUAAUUAUAGUGUAGCAAAAAGAUUUUAUUGAACGAUUUAGAUGCUAAUGCAAAUAUAGGUAAAGAAAAUCUUGAUUAUAGGACAGUUUGAGUUUGGGAACUGUGAUAUUAAGAAAAAGAAGCUCCCUCUCAAAGUUGUUGGUCAAAAGCCUUUUGGGCUGACGUAUUAAACGUAUAUUGAAAUAAUUAUAUGUUAAAUUUUAGAGGAUAUUACCAAGGAUUUUAUGGCUGCUUGUAAGUUCCUCUGAUGGACAGAUGCAUAUCCUAACUGGAUGCUUCUGGUUUGGCCAUUUACAGGAGAAUGAUGUGUCUGAAAGCAUAACCUGUGCUAUACCUUGGGACAGUGUCAUUUAUGGUUUUAGUUUCACAGAGCCAUUUUCGGUUUGGGGAACUAUGUCUUAAUUGAUAGUUUAAAAAAAAGGCUUUAUUUUUUUCUUCAUGCUCUAAUUGUUACCUUUUACUGUUUCAUUUGGAAGUUUUACUUUAUAAAAUGAAAAUUUAAUAUUUUGUGUUCAUGUUUGUAUAGAUUUCAAAAUUAUGUUAAUUUGUGCCACUUACUGUGUUGGUAAGGUUUAAAUACGCACUUACUGUUGGAGUAGGGUUAUCUGAACUACUUCGUUUAUAGAAUCAUGUGGAUGAGCAUCCACAAAUUUUUGUAGGAAGGUAUAAAUGGAAGAAGAGGAAAGAUGUGAAUAAGCUCCCAAACUUUACUUUAAAAAACAAGAAGGAAAAUCUUUGCCAGACGUAAAGACAUUAUUUUGAUUCUUCUUCCAGUAUUUUAAAUAUCUUUUCAAAUAAAGUUCUUGAAAAGUACCCAGUAUUGUUGGAUUUAAUGUUUUAUGCCUUACUGAUUCUUGAUAUUCAAGCAUUUUGAAGUUAGCUUGUUUCUUUUUUUUUCCAUCAUUAACAUUUCAUUUGAAAUGCAAAUCCUUUCUGAAUACUUUAUUUUUAGCAUAAAUGUUGUGCAUUUUAUCUUAGUGUUUGGAUUAAAACAUUUGUGUUAUUUAGCUUCCUUUUAUUUGCUUUGUAUAUUAAUGUACCUUUUUAUUUUCCAGUAUGCCUACUUUUUGUAUUGUACAAUAAAUUUAUUUUAAGCUGAUAAAUAUUGUUUUUUUUUUUUUUAAUGAAAGCAACUCCAGCAUUUUAAGUACAAGUAGUUGGAAUUUUAACUUAAAAAAAAUUCUUUAUGAAGAUACUAUUAAAAGGCUUUACACUUUUAAUUCAUUCUGAGGCUGCUGUGAAUCGAAGCUAGAAAUACUCAAGACUUUGACUUUAUUUUUUUUUUUUUAAUGCAGUAUAGCAUUGGUGGGGUUUUUGGCGGGGAAGAUGUUUUUCUGUUGGUUGUACUAGAAGUGUUUGAAUAAAGACCUUUCUCCCAA